AUGCAGCUCAUGGCACCGACUCCUGUGGAAGUUGUGAUGGAAAAGCCAAGAACACGAAAAGUGAGCACGCCUCCCCCUUCAAAAGCAAAGCCGGUAACGCCUGUAGAAAAAGAGCCUGAAACACCUCCAACUCCCCCUACAAAACCAGAGCCCUCUACUCCUGCCCCAGAACCUGGGGCAAAGCCAAAAGCAAAACCUAAAAAAACGCCUGAACCAAAAGUUUCUGAAAGACCAAAGCCUGAGCCUAAGCCGCCUGUAGCAAAGCCUGAAAAAAAACCAAGUUCUAAACCUGAAGUAAAAGCAAAACCAAAGCCCAAACCCCAACCUGAAAAAGAUGACUUUGCCUCUGUUUUAAAAAAUCUUCAGGAUUUAGAAGCGGCUCAAAAAGCAGACGAAGUGAAUGAUUCUGACGAUACUUCAUCGACAACCUCUAACGAGUUAACAAAUAGCGAAUUAUUGAUUAUUCAACAACAACUUAGAGGAUGCUGGAAUAUUCCUGCUGGUGCACGUGAUGCGCAUAACUUAGUUGUUGAUAUCAUCUUAAAUAUACGACCUGAUAGAACUGUCAUUGAUGCAAAAGUUGUUAAUCGACCAACUCCCCCUAGCCCAUUUUAUCAAGCGGCGGCAGAUAGUGCGAUCAGAGCCGUUUUAAGUCCAAAAUGUUCUCCCUUAAAAUUACCACCAAAAAACUUUGGCUCUUUUUCAACACCUUCAAAAGCAGAGUUGGUCAUCAAUAUCACCCAGGGUCAUGUGGCUCCAACACCCAUUGCUUUUGUGGACUUUCAAGCAAAUACUCCAGAACUUGCCCAAAUUGGAAGAGAGCUGACCCAUGUUUUAACAGCAGAUUUAAACCGUUCAGGCUUAUUUAGAUCAAUUGACCCGGCAGCAUUUAUUCAAAAUGUAGCAUCCGUUCUAGAAGGCCCUCGCUUCCCAGAUUGGCGCCUUAUCGGAGCACAAGCUUUG